CAAAGCGCCAAGAUGGCGGCGCCCGUAAGAGACGCCGGGGAGUUUGAAGGCUGGUUAAAUGACCGACUGGACGAGCUGGAAGUAGACCGAGAGGUGUACAGCGCCUACAUCUUAGGAAUCCUGCAAGAGGAGGAGAGCGACGAGGAGAAAGAAGAUGCGCUUCAAGGAAUUUUAUCCGCAUUUCUGGAUGAAGACACCGUGGAAAAUGUCUGCAAACAGAUCAUCAAGCAGUGGGCAGAGUUUUCCAGCCGCUCUGCAGCAAGAGCUGACGACGCUGAAGUCCAGGCCAUUGCCAGCAUGAUAGAAAAACAGGCUCAGAUUGUGGUGAAACAGAAGGAGAUGUCUGUGGACUCAAAGAAAAGGAAAGAGGCCUUACUGGCCCAGUACGCCAACAUCACGGACGAGGAGGAUGGAGCUGAAGAAGAGGAGCCUGCAACUGGAAAUGACUUUACUCCAAGUGAUAAAUCUCUAUUCAAGAACACCAACCUGGAGGAGGUGUUUAACCGCCAGAAGCAAAAGCGGGAACAGGCUCGUGAAGAUUCUCAUAAGAAGAAAGAGAUGGACAAGAUGCAGCGGGAAAAGGACAAACUAGCUAAACAAGAGAGGAAAGACAAGGAGAAGAAGCGCACACAGAAAGGUGAACGCAAAAGAUAAAAUAAAAAGAAUGGACACUUUUCGUGAAGAACUUUUGUUACGUGGAAAAUAAAAGGAAGAUCAAAGACUAUAUUCAAUUAGCCCCGUGAAACCUCGCUCAUUAAGGCAACGGCAUGCUCGUCUUUACCUCCUGAAAUUCAUGAAAGACAAAUCGCUGAACGUUGUGCAAACUGAAAUCUAGAUAUGCAUUGUUUUUCUUUCAAUAUUGAUGUAACAAAAAAAUUUCUUCCCAAAAAAUAAAAAGGCAACGCAUUGUACAUGAUGACAGCUGGGAUGACAUUAGAAGUUAUGGAAAUUUCUUCAGAUUGUGCUACAAAUUCUUUGGUUAGGCGUUCACAUUUGACCUUUUUAAAAAGAUAAAAAUCUGCAACUAGAAAACAAAGAUGGCAGUGAAAUGGCGCAACGCUUGUAAGGCUACAAAGUUCAGUUUUUUUUGCCGAUAUUUGUAACUACUUCAAGAAUAUGCCUUAUAUUUCUGCAAAUGUUGCUGGUGAGAAAAACAACAGAAAGGGGUUAGGUUUUCGUUUGAUUUUCAGA